ACAAGGUGCACGGGCACAGAACAAAUACAAUCACCGCACAGGACGGGGUGGUUACAAACAGAUAGAGCAACAACUUGAAGCAGAAUUAGGCCACGAACUAACAGAUUUUGAUAGAGCUGAUAUGUGGUUAAGGAUAAGAAAGGAUAAAAAAGGAGAGUCAACUGAGGAUGUAGCAUCAAUUAAGGAGAAGAUUGUUGACUACAAACAAAAGGUAGCAGAAGGAACUUUGGUGGUGGAAGGAUCCAAAGAUGUCCUAACAUUGGCUUUGGGCACCCCUGAGCAUUCUGGACGUGUUAGGGGGAUGCCUAAAGGUGUCACCCCUACACAAUUGUUUAAAACACCAAAGCCUAAGAGAAAAAGUCAGCUCGAAGUAUCUACUUCAGAAGAUAGCCGCAUUAAUAGGAUGGAAGAGCAACUUCGACAAUCUGAUGAGAGGAACCGUCGAACUGAGGAGAAAUUAAAUCAAUUGAUGGAGCAAUUUAGAUCGACACAUAGCAAUAUCGGUGAGUCAUCGCAUGCAUCUGGUUCUUGUGUGGGAAGAGCAGCCUCUAAUGUAUCACCACCACCACCACCACUAGCACCAUAUGUUGAACAAGAGGUUGUUCCACCAGUACUAGCACCACCACCACCACCACUAGCACCACAUGUUCAACAAGUGCUUGUUCCACCAAUACUAGCACCACCACCACCACCACCACAUGUUCAACCAAUGAUUACUCCACCAGAACCACAAGUUCCACCAACUAUGCAUGAGGUAUUCUUAUUACCAUAAUCAACUUAGCAAAUGUUAAUGCUU